AUGUUCCAUGUUAACCUUUAUUGUGGUUUGCACUGGAGCGAGGGGGACUGGGAUGCCGUCUCCUCCUUUUGCGAAGCAGUCAUGCUAGCUAAGGAGGAGGCAGGACGCAGCGCUUCGCUGCCUCCUCGCAACCCAGCCAUCGCGAAGGACACUCUGGGCGUCGGGGAUCGCGGGACGAUCUCCGGCCACCGUAAGCGCGGGCCUGCGGACGGCGAGCAUGGGUGGCUCGCCGCCCGAUCAGAACCAAACCCAGCAGCGCCUCCAUUAGGCGGGAGAAUUGUCAAAUAUAAUCUAGGUGAGCUAAACGCUCAGACCCCUGUUACAAGAAUCAGAAGCAAAUUAAACCUAGAGAUCGCUCUGGUCGGCACAACGAGAUUUGAUUUACUUUGCGACUAUAUUUUGACUGAACCGGUGCUAGCGGCGUUAAAAAAUAUUGGUUGUAAAGAAAUAACAUUUCAGAUUGGUAAUAGCAAUGUGGAACCUGGUGUGUUGGAGAAGGAGGGCGUUAAGAUAAAUAUGUACCGGUUUAAAGAUUCAAUUCAGGAAGAUAUGAAGAGUGCUGACUUGGUGAUAAGUCAUGCCGGGGCUGGCAGCUGUCUGGAGGCUUUGGAAGCCAACAAGCCGCUUCUGGUAGUUGUGAACGAGGAUCUGAUGGACAAUCACCAGUUGGAACUAGCAGAACAACUACAAAUUGACUCUCACCUGUAUUACUGCACAUGUGAUACAUUAAUAAGUACACUGAACAUGGUGGACUUCACUUUGCUCACUCCAUUCACUAAAGCCAAUUCAUCCAUUUUUGUUAAUUACUUAGAUAGCAUAUUUAGAGUUGAGAAUUAG